CUAGGGAUAGCCCGCCUUCGGUAGGCUUGCUCACUAACGACGACGACAUCGACGAAGAGAACAGCUACGAUGGCGGAAGUACAGACUACGAUUAUUCCUCACAGCCAGCAGCCGCUUAUCUCGCGCACAUAUCCUAUCGAGGAGGAGCUCGAUAUCACCAUCCAGCGCGCCGCAGAGGCUCAGGCGCAGUGGGCGAAGGCCCCCCUCCAGGAGAGAAUUCAGGUAGGGAGGAAAUUCAUGGAAGAGUUCAAGAAGAUGAGCGACGAGAUCCCCAUGGAGCUCACUCUCCAGAUGGGCCGUCCCGUGUCGCAAACUCCAGGCGAGAUCCGCGGCAUGCUCGAACGCGCCGAGUACAUGCUCUCUAUCGCAGAGUCUUCUCUGUCCGACGUCUCCCUUUCCGAUACAGACAAGCCUGGCUUCCGGAGGUACAUCAAGCGUGUCCCCCUUGGAGUCGUUCUCGUUAUCUCGCCAUGGAACUUUCCCUACCUCGUCUCCAUAAACUCCGUCCUGCCAGCAAUCAUCGCAGGAAACGCUGUCUUACUAAAGCCCUCUCCUCAAACUCCGCUCACGGCAGAACGGUUCGCAACGGCCCUCACGCGCGCGGGCCUUCCACCUGCCUGCAUCCAGGUGCUGCACCUCUCGCCCGCGCUCACGACGCACGCCGUGCAACACCCACAGGUCGACUUUGUCAGCUUCACGGGCAGUGUGCUCGGGGGGCAGGCAGUUGAGAAAGCUGCUGUUCAAGCGCGUGGAUUCAAGGGCGUAGCACUCGAGCUUGGAGGAAAGGAUCCGGCGUAUGUACGUUCUGAUGCAGACUUGGACUACACCGUGGCAGAGCUUGCAGAUGGGGCAUUCUUUAACUCUGGUCAGAGCUGCUGCGCCAUCGAGAGGAUCUACGUGCACGAGGAUGUCUAUGAGCCAUUCAUCGCCAAGUUUGCUGAGCUCACAAAGAAGUACAAGCUUGGCGACCCGACUCAGCAAGAUACGAAUCUCGGUCCCGUUGUCAGCCUCGCGAGUGCAGCGCGCAUACGGAAGCAGGUUGAGGAUGCUGUCAAAGCAGGUGCUCAGGCCCUCAUUCCCGAAGAGCUCUUCCCCACUGCCGAGACCGGUACGACCUACGUUGCACCACAGAUCCUCAUCGACGUGGAUCACUCAAUGGAAGUCAUGACAGAAGAGACCUUUGGUCCCAUUGUCGGCAUCCAAAAGGUCUCAUCGGACGCGGCGGCACUCAAGCUUAUGAAUGAUUCGCCCUAUGGACUUACGGCCUCGGUAUGGACGGACGCGUCCCGCUCGGAGUCGCUCCAAGUGUUUGAAGAGGUCUUUGCGGAGGGUAUCGAAGCGGGAACGGUCUUCCUCAACCGGUGCGACUACCUGGACCCUGCACUUGCUUGGACAGGCGUAAAGAACAGCGGACGCGGUAUCAGCCUGAGCAAAUUCGGCUACGACCAGCUCACACGUGCGAAGAGUGUGCAUAUGAAGCUUCGUACAGCGUGAGCUACUCAGGGUGCAAAAUCGUGAUCUCCGGAAGCAGUAGAAUAUCAUGAAAGCAUCGCAUGGAAUGUACAGUAUACCAAAUGGUUUGACGAACGCAGGAUCACUUGCUCCAGUGUCUGGAUGACAUGCAGUAUUGGGGUAGACAUCAACUCAAGCGUGCAGAUAAGUUGCGGUUGGUAUACAAGUACUAGUGGGACUGUGCUUGCCGCGAGAGGCGACGUACGGCGCGCAGUGGAAUGCGAGG